GGCUAAAGGCAGCAGCUGCAUACAGCAUCUCACAGAAGUAUUAAGUGAUCUUGACUCCUUAAAACUUUGUCAUCUUUCUAAUAGUGAGAAAUCAGAAUGUGGAGCACUGGAACUAGUGUGCCCUGCCAAUUUCUUACUUGGUUUCUUCUGUCCUGUAUGUUGGUCAGCAAGUCGUACAUGGAAGAGGACUUUGUCAUUACUACAAAGAAAGGCAAAGUCAGAGGAAUGCCCUUGCCAGUCCUCGGUGGCACCGUAAAAGCAUUUCUUGGAAUUCCUUAUGGAGAGCCACCUAUUGGUAGACUGCGAUUCAAAAAACCACAACCCCGAAACAGAUGGUCCAAUACUUGGGAUGCCACAAAAUAUUCAAACUCUUGCUACCAGAAUGUAGACCAAAGUUUCCCUGGAUUUCCUGGAUCAGAAAUGUGGAAUCCAAAUACGAAUCUUAGUGAAGACUGUUUGUACCUUAACGUGUGGAUUCCUUCCCCCAAACCCAAAAACGCUACUGUCAUGGUGUGGAUCUAUGGGGGUGGAUUUCAGUCUGGAACAUCCUCUUUACAUGUGUAUGAUGGCAAGUUUUUGGCUCGGGUUGAAAGAGUCAUUGUAGUUUCAAUGAACUACAGAGUAGGUGCCCUGGGAUUCUUGGCUUUACCAGGAAAUCCUGAUGCCCCUGGGAAUUUAGGAUUGUUUGAUCAGCAGUUAGCACUUAAGUGGGUCCAGGAAAAUAUAGCAGCCUUUGGUGGCAACCCUAAAAGUGUAACUCUCUUUGGAGAGAGUGCUGGGGCAGCUUCAGUCAACUUCCAUAUUCUCUCUCCAAAAAGUCAUCCAUUUUUCACCAGAGCCAUUCUACAAAGUGGAUCAUCUAAUGCCCCUUGGGCUGCAGUACCUCCCUCCGAAGCUAAGAACAGGACACUGACUUUAGCCAAACUUCUCCAUUGCUCCAGCGACAACGAAACUCAGCUAAUCAAAUGUCUUCAGGAUAAACACCCUCAGGAAAUCCUUGAAAAUGAAGUCUCGGUUGUAGAAUAUGAUUCUUUGUUAAAAAUGUACUUUUCUCCAACAGUGGAUGGUGAUUUUCUCACUGAGAUGCCGGACAUACUGAUCCAGAGGAGACAUUUUAAGAAGACACAGAUUCUAGUGGGUGUGAACAAAGAUGAAGGGACAGCAUUUCUGGUUUAUGGGGCACCUGGUUUCAGCAAAGACAAUGAAAGUAUGAUAAGUAGGAAAGAAUUUCAAGAAGGUUUAAAACUGUCUUUCCCAGGAGUUAGUGAACUUGGAAUGGAGUCCAUUUUCUUCCACUACACAGAUUGGGUGGAUGAUCAGAAACCGGACAAUUACCGGGUCGCCAUGGGUGACAUCAUUGGCGAUUACAACAUCAUAUGCCCUGUGAUGGAGUUCAGCAAAAGUUUCUCAGAUUUCGGCAACAACGUCUUUUUCUACUACUUUGAUCAUCGAUCCUCAAAGCUGGCUUGGCCAGAAUGGAUGGGAGUUAUGCAUGGCUAUGAAAUCGAGUUUGUAUUUGGAUUACCAUUGGAAAGAAGAGUUAAUUAUACGAAAGCAGAGGAAAUUCUAAGUAGAUCCAUUAUGAGAUACUGGGCAAGUUUUGCAAAAACCGGAAAUCCAAAUGGGACUCAGAGUAAUGGAACAAGAUGGCCUGUCUUCAAAAGUACAGAACAGAAGUACCUUACAAUGAAUACUGACUCACCCAAAAUUUACACCAAAUUACGGGCUCACCAGUGCCGAUUCUGGAAAACAUUUUUUCCCAAAGUCUUGGAGAUGGCAGGAAACAUUGAUGAAGCAGAACAAGAGUGGAAGGCAGGAUUCCAUCGCUGGACCAAUUACAUGAUGGACUGGAAAAAUCAAUUUAAUGAUUACACUAGCAAAAGGGAAAGCUGUAAAGGUCUCUAAUUAAAAGGCUUACCCAUUCUAGGAUGUCCAUAUUACUGUUGAACCAGGCAAGCAUACCAUUUGUUCUCUUACAUGUCUAGCAAGAAAGCAUUCUAUGUAAAUGAAAUCAAAUGCAGGAGCACAAUAUUAAUUUUUCACAUCUUUUAGGUUGUAUUUUAUCUUAUAGCUCAAUAAACAAUGCCCAGAAAAUACUAAAUUGAACUGUGGAAAUGAAGCCUGUAGAUAAAUUAUGCGUUAUGAGCAUUAGUUGCCUAAAAGCUUUGCUUCAUAGAAACAUUAUACAUAGAAAUUGAAAAUGAAAAUGCAGUUUUCAACAUUUAUGUCAGCCUUCAUAUCUGUAGUCUUGAAAACUACAUAGAUUUUUUAGAACUCUACGAAACUGUAAACUUCAUCAUUUAAAUCAUAUCUUCAUUUACUUGACAGUCUAAUUUAUGUUAUCAUUUUCAUAUUGUCAUUGUGUUAAUGGAAACUUCUGAGAGUUGCAAAGAACAUCUGGCUUUCUACAUGAAGGGUUCCUUUUGGAAGACACAAUCAUCAUGUCAGAUGUUAACAAGUAAAAAUUUCAACUACAGUAUAAGGAUAAGCUUCAACAAUGCAUCAGCUUCACAUCUGAGAACAUUUGGUCAUUUUAGCUAACUUUCCCUUUGAUAAUUAUGAGAUGUUUAUUUGAUGAUUAUUAAGCCAUUAUUAAAGGCCCUAAGUUUGUCCCUGAAUUUUCAAUAUUACAAUUGAUCGACCAACACAACCACAAUCUAUGUUAAAACAAAAUUCUGUAUAUUAAAAAUCUAAGGAUAAUCAAAUGUGUUCUUCUGAUGCCUAGAAGAAUCUGGUAUCAGCAUAUAAAGAGGAAGUCAGAAAUGGUGACUAAGAAAGAAUCAUUAUUUAUACUAUAGUUUUCUUACUCAGCCAGGUGGUCUGAAGGCAAACCUGCCUUCCCAACAUGUUGCAUUUAGAAAAUGAAAGGGUUAAGAGUGGCCUCGCUUGACAUUUGUAACUCUUUCCUCUUGUUUCCUCCACACUUAUGUUCUUUAUUGAAAAUAUUGUCUCUUAUGUAUGAGGAAUGAUAUGACUGCAUUUAUUUGAAAGAAUAAGAUUUCUGUAUAAUUUAUUCAGUCCUUAUAGCAAGGAAGUGACUCACCUCCUUUGCAAUUUCUUCUACUGAUUUCUGAAAAGAUACUUGCUUUACAAAGAAAAGUAUUGGGGAUCUAAUCAUUAACUGUAAGAGGUAAACUUUAGGAAAAUCAUUUUCCUAAAGACAUAUUAAAAUAAAAAAAAAACCAGUCCAUUAUCAGAAAUCUGUUAUAAUUCACAAAUUUGUGUAUGGGGUUUGUAUUAAGAAAUCAAUACAAAUUACAGGGAAUGAGUAGUUUUGGUGGCCUGAAAAUAGUAAGUUUAAACUAUAUACCACUUGAGUUCUCAUGGCUCAUUAAAUAGAAAACUCAUUUGAUGAUCUGAAUAUGGGGGAGAGAAUUUGAAAUGAAUAUAGGGAUCAGAUUUCUAAUCUUUAGUGUGUCAUUGGUGCAUCACUUUGAUGAGUUUUGAUACACUCAUCUCUCAAAUAGGAAAACAAUCAUUUUUCUUUUCUCACAGAUGCUGUUAGGAUUAAUUACCCAGUGAUUAUGAAACUAGCUAAGCAAUGCUAAGCAUUGUUAUUCAUCUUAGAGGAAUUAGAAGACACUUUUCUGCCUCAGAGAAUUACUACCUUAUUUUCAGGAGUUGAUCUUUCCUUUCUACUUGAAUUAAUUUUGCCUUUUGCCUUUGCAGACAGUGCUCAAAAGUCAAAGGUUGUAAAGGAUAAUUUAAAGAUUUAUAAUUCUAUAAAAUGCUAUUAUAAUCACAGCAAUGAUAAUAUCUGCUAUGACCAUAGUAUGUAUCAAACACAGGAUGAAAUGCUAGUACAGAUAGAAUCAGAUCAGGCCUAGUCAUUGUCCCAUAUGGGGCUUAUGAUAUAAGGGGGGGGCAGACCAGUUUCCUCCUAUUAUGGAUGAGGAAACUGAGGCACAGAGAAGUUAAGAAAUUCACCCACUGUCAUCAAGCAGGCAAUGGAAAGAGUGGGAUUAGAACCCAGCUCUAAUUAAGUGUGAUUUUUUUCAAUUUUUUAAAAGGCAUAAUUUGAUUUCCUAUUGUUUAAGUAAUGGAUCAUGUCUGUUCUUACCAAAGAAAAAGAAACUAUUGUAAAUCAACUUCAUUCAUGUAAUCAUACUUAUUGAAUGUUUUCUGUGUGCAGAGCAGUGAAUUAAGUGCUGGGAGAGUAUAGUACAACAACAUACAUAUUCCCUGCCUACAAUGAGUUUACAGUCCAGAGGACUGAACCACAAAAUCUGAAUUAAAUACAUUUCUUCCUC